AGAGACAGGCAGGAGGGGCUGGGGGUGGGCUGCCAGCACCUUAACAGUUACUUAUCUGCUUGUUUUUCUGUGCUGACUGCCUGCCAGUCAGAACGGACGAUACACGAGGAGGAGGAAGGAAGGAAGGAGAGGAGAGGGCACGCCGUCUGAAGCUUUGCAUCUCCUUUGCAGUCUGCUUUUACUUCAGGUCCUUGCAAGUCCUCCGGCUUGUCCUCAUCGGCUUCCAGCUCGUCAAGUUUGACAUCAAGCAGUCCUUCAAUAGUUCUGCUCAGUCUGUCGUGAGAGUGCCGUCUCAACCGCAGCUCGACUCCUACGGCUCGUGCCCAACAAUGACACUCGUUUAGCGGGGCGAGGUCGAGGAGUUAUGACCAACAAUCUUCACUCUUCUCGCUACGGUGGCCAAAUGGCAACUGCCAGCAUUUCCUUCAGGUCUUUGUGAAGCUUCUAGUGGUCAUGACUGAGCUGGCCGCAUGCAAAAGGGGGAUGUCGGAAGACGAGUCUUGCUUGGGACAAGCUGUGAAUGGAGAGUCCUCAUCCAGUGACAGGGAGACGGAUAUAUUGGAAGAUGAGAAUGACCAAGCAGCUCCUUCAUGCAAUAUUUGCUCCCUUUCUACGGAGAAGCUGCCAGAAGAACCCAAAUCAGCCCCUGCCGACUUCACUAACAGCUGCAUUCAACAGGAACUAGAAUCCAAAAGCCAGUUCGUGUCAAAUGGAGAGUUCAGCGCAGAGCGAGAGUGGACUGAGAAGCCGUCCGCAUCGCUGGCUCCUCAGGUAUCGAGCAUAGGGCCCAACAGCGAGGAUGCCAAAGCUUGCAGUCUUACACAAAACACGGACACAGAGGCGUCGUCUUCCCAAGAAGCGGACUUUGCUUCGUUGUCUUUAGACAUCGAUGACUCGAUCGAGCAGUUGAACCAACUGAUCCUGGAUUUGGACCCCACAUUCAUCCCCGUGCCGACCAGCAGCACCCGCCUGUCACGAUCCACCUCCGUCCAAAGCAGCGGCCUCAGUCAGAAAGGAGACGGCCAUCUAACUGGCUGGCAGCAGCAGAAGCAGAUCAGUGAUGUGACUGACUACUCCAGUUUUUGGAUGUGCAACGCGGAUUUUCCUGGUACUGGGGAAGAACCUCAAAGAUUGGGGGCCGACCUGCUUGGCACUCCCUUCCAUUUGUCAUCACAGUUUUACUGUGUCGACCGCAGCGGGCAAAGCCAUCGCUUUGAAUCGGUGCCAGCAACUCCGGCCUUUCCGCUGUCUCCUCCGACGCCUUACGUUGAACACAUGUCAGAGUUUCCUCAUAUCAAGACCGGCGGCCGAUGGGGCCAAUCCAGCUGGACACAAGAUUCCCGAAGUUUCUUGGACAGCGUAAACCAUGGCGGCAGCUCUCUUGACGGAGAUUUGUUCACGUCCGACGUGUCGGUGAGCUCGGCUUCUUGUCCGCGGAUAUUUGGUUCCACAUCUUCUGUGUCAUCAAGCGGCCCCCUCCCGCAUUUAGACAGCUGCUCGCCGCCUCCCGCCUGGCACCAGCAAACGCCGACCUCCUCACAAGUCUCAACUCCCAUCAAGCGCAGCACACCCAAUGCCCUCGCUUCACCUCGGGCGGACUCGUCCUCCUUAAAUGGCGAUCUGGAGCACAGCCUGCUGCAGGCCGUGGAGGACCUGGGGGUCGGUGGGGAUGGGGAGCUCCCCCCGCUGUUGCCGGAAAAGAGGAGAGCAGCGGAAGGUGGCGACCUUGGCUCCCGCUUGCCUUCUCUCACCGGCUUUUCCAGUCCUCACAGUGAAGGCAGUCUCAGCCUUUCUUUCUCCUCACUGACCCCUGACCCCUUCAAAAAUUUAAGCCGGACCUCGUCACCCGGAGCAGAGCUUGGCAGUAAGCAGGACACUGUGAAGUUUGUUCAGGACACUUCAAAGUUCUGGUACAAGCCUGACAUUUCCCGAGAUCAAGCGAUUUCCGUGUUAAAGGAUAAAGAACCCGGCUCUUUCAUUGUCAGAGACAGUCAUUCAUUCCGCGGGGCUUAUGGAUUGGCGAUGAAAGUCGCAACUCCGCCUCCAUCUGUGGUGCAUCACAGCAAGAAAGUUGGAGAUCCAUCCAAUGAGCUGGUGAGGCAUUUCCUGAUCGAGUGUAUGCAGAAAGGAGUCCGUCUCAAAGGCUGCCCUGACGAGCCGUUCUUUGGAAGCCUCACCGCUCUGGUGUGUCAGCACUCCAUCACACCUCUGGCUCUACCCUGCAAACUCAUUUUGCCUGACAGAGAUCCGUUUGAGGAAAUGAGUGACUCUCCUGCAAAGACGGCAACAAACUCAGCAGCUGAGCUUCUGAAGCAAGGAGCAGCAUGUAACGUGUGGUACCUUGGCUCUGUGGAAUUGGAGUCUCUGACGGGGCACCAGGCUGUUCAGAAAGCUACCACGGUGACGCUCACCGCGAACCCACCGACACCGUCCACUGUUGUCCACUUUAAGGUGUCAGCGCAGGGCAUCACGCUCACAGACAACCAGAGGAAGCUGUUUUUCAGAAGACACUAUGCAGUCAAUACCGUCAUUUUCUGUUCCUUGGACCCGCAAGGCAGGAGAUGGACGAGAGGAAGUGCUUCUACAGCAAAGAUAUUUGGGUUUGUAGCAAGGAAAUCUCAGAGCGAGACUGAAAAUAUUUGCCAUCUGUUUGCUGAACACGACCCGGAGCAGCCGGCCAGCGCUAUCGUCAACUUUGUCUCGAAGGUCAUGAUCGGGUCGCACAAGAAGUGAGGCUGAAUGCCAAUGUGUCAAAGACAUGAAACAGACGCCUUCCAAAAAUAUUUUUUUCAUUUCUAAUACAGUUCUUACUGUAUUUAUUAAUUAUUUAAUUGCAGUUUAGAAUUGAAUGGUAGAAAUGAUUUGGCGGAGAUGGCCAGCAUUCCGAAAAAAACAACAAGAUUUUUCUCAAUAACUGAGCCAUUGUUUUGAAGAGCGUGGCAGUGUGCUAACACUGAGUGUGCUGCAAAAUGAUGCCGCUAGAGAGAGCAAAAGCUAACAUGAGUAUUUUCAACUCAUCAACUGGAUGAAACCAGAGCACUCUUGCUAACAGUCGCUUCGAAGAAGUUAGAUGGGACACGUAAUAAUUAUUGUGAAAACUAUAUAUAGUACGUGACUUGUCUUAUUGAUUGUCAGAGCGAGCAAUAAUAACAAAUAACAUUAUUUCACAUGAAAGACAGCCGUCUAUAAAUUUAUUGAUAAAAUUAGCCGUUUUAACUUUUCAUGUUUAUUUAAAAAGAGGACUUUGAUGUCUCUAAAACAAUAGGAUUUUUUCUCUUUGUGUAUGAGAUGUAUUUUUAUUUGUGUUGACUCUUCUCAAAAUAUUUAUCCAUUUAUCCAGAUAUGCUUUGUACAAAUGUAGUUUUCCAAAAAUGUUCAUGUCACGAACUGUAUUUUUGUACAUACAUAUUAUAUAUAUUCUGUACAUUAUGACAAAUAGAUAAUGUAACUCAGGAUUUAUGCUAUUAUGUCACAUGUUUUUUUAUGUAUUCUGUAGCUCAUUAAAAAAAAAUCAAGAUAUA